AUGGCGAACGAGAACCAAAACAUGGAGCUGAUGGACGCUCUUGCGCAAAUGAUCGGGCAAUCGUUGAAGGCAUCCAUCGGACCGGCUGUCGAGCAAAUCAGUGCCUCUCUUCGCACUUCCGGAGACAACGCGGAAGCGCCACGUCCGAAACCACCGUCUUUCACCAUGCCGGAGUACCGUACCAGCGAGGGAACAACAGUUGCGGAUUACUUUGAUCGGUUCGAGUGGGCGCUCAAGUUGAGUAAAGUUCCCGACACAUUAUAUGCGGAUUAUGCCCGUGUACAUAUGGGAGCGGAGCUCAACACGUCGCUUAAGUUUUUGAUUGCACCGAAACAGCCCCAAGACGUGACAUACGAAGAUCUCCGAAAAACUCUGGUUGCUCAUUGGGAUGAAAAGAAAAACAAAUACGCCGAGAGUAUAAAGUUUCGCACUAUUGUUCAGCAGCGAGGGGAAACCAUCACCCAAUAUGUGCUUCGACUGAAGCAAGGUUCCGCUUAUUGCGAGUACGACAACUUCCUUGACCGUAUGCUCGUUGAGCAAAUGUUACACGGAUUAACGGAACGCGACAUCUGUGACGAGAUUGUCGCCAAAAAUCCAACAACAUUCAAGGAAGCACUCGACAUAGCGCUUGCGUUGGAAGCAACCAGAAACAUCGCCCGGGACAUCAAAACGACAACACAAGUGUCAGAAGCGACCAACAAGCUAGGUUUCGAAAAACCUGGAAUGAAGCGACCCCAGAAACACCGACGUGCCACAAACAAACCACAUACGAACGCACCACAGACCAUCGCACCCAACAAAACACACGGCAGUCAUCAAACUACUUGCAUCGGCUGUGGAGGACCGCACAUCAGAAGCGAGUGUCCGUACCGCAACGCAAAAUGCAAUAAUUGCCGUAAGAAGGGUCACCUCGCGAAGGUUUGCAGAGCGGGUAAGUCUAAUCACCGAUAUUCGCUAUCCGAUUGUUCAUUACCAUCUAGCACUAUCGACCAGGUACAACGACUCAACCAUAUUCACAACACGCCAUCGAGUGCAAAGAAGAUGGUAGAGCCAAGCGAUAGACAAUUUUCCAGCUACACCGGACAUCGCGUUACAUGUGUCGGUCGCUUAAAGGUGCAGGUAACCAUCGGUAUGAGAACACGUUCAGAACAAUUGUACGUGGUAUCUGGAGUAUCUGAUUCACUGCUGGGACGAGAAUGGAUCUCACACUUUGCUGAUCAGAUCAAUCUGAACGAGCUGUUCUCCGCGCAAACACCCAUCCAUUCGAUAGAAAGCACGUUGACUCCAGAUCGGGAAAAGCAGCUAGCAAGAAUAUUAGACAGCUUUAGCUCUGUCUUCAGCGAUUCUCCAGGCAAGCUCGUGGGUCCCCCAGCUAAAGUGCACUUAAAGCAAAACGCAUCACCAGUAUUCGCCAAAGCACGCGACGUUCCUCACGCGUUGCGAGAGCGGUACGCAGAAGAGAUCGAAAAGAAAAUCAGAUCGGGUUUUUACGAAAAGGUCGACUACUCGGAGUGGGCAUCACCGACGCAUGUGGUAGUCAAGAAGAAUGGCAAAUUGAGAAUAACAGACGAACAGUUUCGCCAAGUGUUAACCCUCAACACAACAACGCAUGGGCUCAUUCGUCCAACCAGAGCCGUAUACGGUGCAGCCAACAUACCGGCAAUCUGGCAACGUCGAAUGGAGGAAGUUCUUCGUGGUCUGACAAAUGUCGUGAGUUUCUUUGACGAUAUUAUCGUUUUUGCCAAGGACUUCGACGAGCUGCUGCAAGUUCUAACAAACACAUUAAGUCAGAUCAAAGAAAGCGGUUUAAGACUGAAUCGCUCCAAGUGUGUCUUUGCAACACCAUCACUCGAGUGUUUGGGUCACCGAAUGGGUGACGGACUUCACAAGUCGACGAAACAUAUCGAAGCGAUUCGCGACGCACCCGUACCCUCCACUUUCGAAGAAGUACAGUUGUUUCUAGGCAAAGCUACAUACUACUCAGCUUUCAUACCUGAUCUAUCGACAAGAGCCAAGGCGUUACGCAAGCUACUAGCAGCAGAAGAAUUCGAGUGGACAUCUGAAGCCGAUGCAGCAUACCGCGACAUCAAGAGCAUCCUAAUAUCGCCUCAGGUACUCAUGCAGUACGAUGCUACACUACCCUUAGUGCUAGCCACCGACGCAAGUAAGACUGGGCUAGGCGCAGUACUUUCGCACCGAUUAAGCAACGGUACAGAGCGACCCAUAGCAUACGCAAGCUCGACAUUAUCGGCAACGGAGCAACGCUACCCGGUUAUUGAUAAAGAAGCUUUAGCGAUCGUUUGGGCCGUAAAGAAGUUCUUCAAGUAUCUAUCAACCAAUGAGAAUAAAAAUGCGGACUACUGCUCCCGCAUACCAAGUCCUGCCACACAUCCUCACGUCAACAGUCUUUCUCUUCGCAGGGGAGGAAAUGAAGAUCAAGACGAAUUCGAAAUGUUCAUGCUCAACCAGAUCCAGCAACUGCCCAUCAAAGCCGAACAAAUCGCACGCGAAACGCGAAAAGACCAGCAUUUGGGUAAGAUCUUGAAGGAUCUCGAAAUGGGACGUGAUCUUCAACAAUCAGGGUAUAAAGCAUCCGAAGCGAAGUAUACGACGGUCGUCAAUUGUUUGCUGUUUGAACAUUGA